AGAACACACCUACGAUUCUACUCGCUUCUCUCUAACAGAAGUCACACGCCUUCGCUAACAAAGUUACUCCCUCCGACGUCGUUUUGAGGAUAUACAUGGGCCUCCAAGACCGGUGGACUGCCGCAGCUGUCGGCUUAGUCGACAAGUCCUGCGACUCCUGCAAGACCUCGGCGGCGGCCUUGUUCUGCCGAGCCCACUUGGCUUUUCUCUGCCUGGCCUGCGACUCCAGGAUCCACCCCGCCAACAAGCUCACCACACGCCACGAGCGAGUCUGGAUGUGUGGGGUCUGCGAGCAGGCCCCAGCCGCCGUCACCUGCAAGGCUGACGCCGCCGCUCUCUGCGUCAGCUGCGACGCCGACAUCCACUCGGCUAACCCCCUCGCCCGCCGCCACGAGCGGGUCCCGGUCGAGCCUUUUUACGACUCCGCCGAGUCUAUCAUCGUCAAGUCAACAACAACUGGCCCGUCAUCCGCCGCCGCGGCCCACAACUAUCUCGUCCCAAACGGCGACGUUGUAUUUAACAGUAAAGACAUUGAAAACGACGCCGCGUCGAGCUGGCUGAUCCCCAACCCGAAUUUCAACUCGAAGCUCCAUAUGGAUAUCACUCCGGACAUCCUAAAGUCCUCCGAUGAUCUCAUCUUCCCCGAAAUGGAUUCGCUGCUGGAGUUCGAUUACCCUACCUCAAUACACAAUAUUUCGGGUUCAGGUGCGAGUAAUGACAGCGUUGUUCCGGUUCAACCCGACCCGAUUCCACCGCCAUCGUUCAACAUGAACUACAACUUUUCGGGUCCCGCCGAUCACAACUGCUUCGACCUGGACUUUUGCAGAAGCAAGCUCUCUUCUUCCUUCAGCUAUCCGACUCAGUCCCUCAGUCAAAGCGUUUCGUCCUCUUCCUUAGAUGCCGGAGUUGUUCCCGAUGGAAACUCCCUCUCCGAUAUACCGUAUCUCUUCGGCCGAAACACCAGCAGCAACGGUUCGGAACCGGGAGAUAUAUCCUACUCUUUCGGCCCAAAAGCCAGCAACAAGGUUUCGGAAACCGACGUACCGGUCUCGGCAACUCCUGCGAGUCAACCAGCGACUCAGCUCUGCGGACUGGACAGGGAGGCUAGGGUAUUGAGAUACAGAGAGAAGAGGAAGAACCGCAAGUUCCAGAAAACAAUCCGAUAUGCUUCGCGGAAAGCGUAUGCCGAAACUCGUCCGAGGAUCAAGGGCCGGUUCGCGAAACGCAACAAAACCGAAACCGAGACCGAGGUGGGGGAUCGCAUCUAUUGCUCCGGGCCGGGCAUUUAUAUUCCGGACCCACAAUUCGGCGUCGUUCCGACGUUUUGACAAUUGGGGAUUAUCUAUUUUAUUUUAGAGUGUGGUGUAAUGAUUGGUCAGCCGUGAUUUAUCGUUUUCGUUUUUUAACUUUUGAAUGUUUUCAUCCGUCUUUGUAAGUCUCUUUCAUUUAAAUUUGAUGCAAGUCAGUAAAGUCCCUCUC